CUGCUGCGCUCGCGCUGGGAGCCAAGCCGGAGGGAAGGCGGUGGAGAGAUGAUUGCAGAGUUGGUGAGCAGCGCUCUGGGGCUCGCCUUGUAUCUCAACACUCUGAGUGCGGAUUUCUGCUACGAUGACAGCCGUGCUAUCAAGACGAAUCAGGACCUGCUCCCAGAAACCCCAUGGACACACAUUUUCUACAAUGAUUUCUGGGGGACUCUUCUGACUCACAGUGGCAGCCACAAGUCCUACCGGCCGCUCUGCACUCUUUCCUUUCGACUGAACCAUGCCAUCGGAGGACUGAAUCCCUGGAGCUACCAUCUCGUCAACGUCCUGUUGCAUGCGGCUGUCACCGGGCUCUUCACACGCUUCUCCAAGGUCCUUCUCGGGGAUGGAUACUGGACGUUCAUGGCCGGCUUGAUGUUCGCUUCUCAUCCCAUUCAUACGGAGGCGGUGGCGGGCAUCGUGGGCCGGGCGGAUGUGGGCGCCAGUCUGUUUUUCCUCCUUUCCUUGCUCUGCUACGUUAAGCACUGUUCUACAAGAGGCUACUCGGCCAGGACUUGGGGCUGGUUCCUGGGGACCGGACUGUGCGCAGGAUGCAGUAUGUUGUGGAAGGAACAGGGGGUGACUGUCCUGGCGGUGUCGGCCGUUUACGACGUCUUUGUCUUCCACCGGCUGAAAAUGAAGCAGAUCUUACCGACCAUUUACAAAAGGAAGAACUUGUCUCUUUUUCUCAGCAUUAGCUUGUUAACUUUCUGGGGGACCAGCCUUUUGGGUGCCCGGUUAUACUGGAUGGGAAACAAACCACCAAGCUUUUCCAACUCCGACAAUCCUGCCGCUGACUCGGACAGCCUUUUGGCUCGCACGCUCACCUUCUUCUAUUUGCCUACCAAGAACCUCUGGCUGUUGCUCUGCCCAGACACCCUGAGCUUUGAUUGGUCCAUGGAUGCUGUGCCUCUUCUCAAAACUGUUUGUGAUUGGAGAAAUCUACACACUGUGGCCUUCUAUUCUGGACUUCUCCUCCUUGCCUACUGUGGUUUGAAGAACCCAAGCUUAGAAGGAGAGUGUAAUGGGAGAGCUGUGACCAACGGCAAACAGAAUGCAAAUGGCCAUAGCUGCCACUCGGAUGUAGAGUACCGGAACUCAGACAUGAAGCCGAGCUUUGCAUCCAAAGUAGAGAAUGGCAUUAAAAAUAGUGUAUCCCAGAGAACUCAGCUCCCUUCCACGGAGAACAUUGUUAUUCUGUCCUUAUCUUUGUUGAUAAUACCUUUUAUUCCCGCCACGAACCUGUUUUUCUAUGUUGGCUUUGUUAUUGCAGAGCGAGUAUUAUAUAUCCCCAGUAUGGGCUUCUGCCUUCUGAUCACAGUGGGUGCCAGAGCCCUUUAUGUCAAAGUCCAAAGGAGGUUUCUCAAGAGCCUGGUUUUUUAUGCUACAGCAACGCUAAUUGUCUUCUAUGGACUCAAGACUGCGAUCAGGAACGGAGACUGGCAAAAUGAGGAGAUGCUGUAUAGGUCAGGGAUAAAAGUAAACCCAGCCAAAGCGUGGGGUAACCUUGGAAAUGUUCUGAAGAGUCAGAGUAAAAUUUCUGAAGCUGAAAGCGCCUAUAGAAAUGCUUUAUACUACCGCAGCAACAUGGCUGACAUGCUGUAUAAUCUAGGGUUGCUGCUCCAGGAGAACAGCAGAUUUACAGAAGCAUUGCAUUAUUAUAAACUGGCCAUCGGGAGCAGGCCUACCCUGGCUUCUGCAUAUUUAAACACGGGCAUUAUUCUAAUGAAUCAGGGGAAGACAGAAGAAGCCCGACGAACAUUCAUGAAGUGUUCCGAGAUUCCAGAUGAAAACCUGAAGGACCCUCAUGCUCAUAAGAGCUCUGUUACUAGCUGUCUGUACAACCUGGGGAAGCUCUAUCACGAGCAAGGACACUAUGAGGAAGCCCUGAGUGUAUAUAAGGAAGCAAUUCAGAAAAUGCCAAGGCAGUUUGCCCCCCAGAGCUUAUAUAACAUGAUGGGUGAAGCAUACAUGCGACUAAGUAAACUUCCUGAAGCUGAGCACUGGUACAUGGAAUCAUUGAGAUCCAAGACUGACCACAUCCCUGCUCAUCUCACCUAUGGGAAACUGCUUGCUUUAACAGGUCGUAAGAGUGAGGCUGAAAAGUUCUUCUUGAAGGCCAUUGAGCUCGAUCCCACGAAAGGAAACUGUUAUAUGCACUAUGGUCAGUUUCUUCUGGAAGAAUCUCGCCUCACAGAAGCAGCCGAGAUGGCCAAAACAGCAGCUGAACUGGACAGCACCGAGUUUGACGUCGUCUUCAAUGCUGCCCACAUGCUCAGACAAGCUAGCCUCAAUGAAGCAGCUGAGAAGUAUUAUGAUCUGGCAGCAAGAUUGAGACCUAAUUAUCCUGCUGCUCUCAUGAACCUAGGAGCCAUACUCCAUCUCAAUGGCCGGCUCCAGAAGGCGGAGGCCAACUACUUGAGGGCUCUGCAGCUCAAGCCAGAUGAUGUCAUCACUCAGUCCAAUCUCCGCAAGCUGUGGAACAUCAUGGAGAAGCAAGGCUUGAAGACCUCCAAGACCUGACCCUUGAGGACUCAUCUCCUCCUAUGCUUGUCAAAACUGGCUUCAUGAACAGACAGAACUUCCCAGCAGUGCUGUGAUAAAGGUUCACCAUGGACUUCAAGUCCAGGACAGAGGUCGUCAUGGUUACUGCCACUGCUGGGAGAAUCCACUUUGCUAUGGGCACAGCCCUUCACACCAAAAAAGGGGAACACUGAAAACCUCCCGGAGGGUGUAAUUGUUACCCGUAGACUGUAAACCAGAGCACUUAACAGGAUUUUUGGCGUUCUUCGAAGGGAGGGGGGGAAUCUCAGUUGCAGGCGUUAUUCAUUUUUGAAAGAGAAUUUUGAAAUUAUAUUGUUCCUUAAACACUGUGAGAGGAAGUCAGAGAGCCCAUCCAGCCACAGUGAACUCAUAAGGUUAAGUGUGAAGAGGGGGUGAUUAAAGCGUAGUGUGACUCCCAGUGACCUUACGCUGUUGCUGUCUUUCCUCCCUGGGACAGCCUGCUUAUUGAAGCUUAUAAAACUUUAGUUUUAACGUUGUGUCAGGAUCUGUUGGAAUCUGCGGUUGUUUCUUGACUCAUACACAUGAACAUUUUAUGGUUUGAAUGUCCUAGGCUUCCCGGUGUUGAACAUCCUGUGCUUGUCAUGUCUCGAAAAGAGCAUGGAGAGAAGAGCUAACCACUUGUACAGGUGGUAUGAGAGGGCCUAGGGAGGCCUUGGGUGUGUGUCACAAGGCAUUUUCAUUUUAACAUUGUCAGCAUUUUCUCCAAUACUGUUCAGUAGAUCUCAUUGUAUUAAUUCUUUUGAAAUUACCUUUGACAAUGUCUAUUCCUGGUUAACACACAUGCUCACUAAGGGACGUUGUGAAUGUUCCAUUCCCAGUACCUAAUAGUGACUAUAUAUGGCAAAGUCCUUGGUGCUUCCUAGACAACGGUUGUUAUAAUAAGUCAAUGAAGGAAGAGUGCAUAAGGAUUGUUGUCGAUGGUUUUGUGUUUUGGAAAGAGCUGGUGUGAAAUACCCAUGAAUUCGUAACAGAUGCUUAAACAGCAAUGGAGAUGAAUCCUUGAAGAUUACUUUAUUUUACUCUUCCUGAAAGAUGUCAAAAAUAAAUUAUUUUAAGAUAUCAUAGAGGUAAGAAUCAGCCUGCAUAUAUCUAUGUCUUCUGCCAAAUGCUUUUCUCGGUUGAAAGAUAUUUUCCAGUAGAAAACUGAAUAUUUUAUUUCCUUACCUACUACUAGGUAUUUCAGUGAUAAGUUAAAAACUAUAAAAAGAAACAAAAAAAGAAUCUAUUAACAUUUUUGGCUUGUACCUAAAAUUUGCUACUAAAAUUAAAUUCCUGGAACACCACCAGUCCAUUAGCAACUUCUUUGUAGAGAAAUUAACUAUUAUAUUCCCUACAUAUUUAUUUAUUUAUUAUCCAACCACAGCAAAAUAACAAACAACAACAAAAAAAAGAUUUGUUAAGCCAGUUAUUUGCAACUGAAAAUUAGCUUUUCUCCUUCCCUACUUUAUGUAUAUAUACAUAUAUGAUUAGUGAUUCUAUUGAAGGGAAGCUGGACAUGCAGAAAGUACUAUGUUUUCCCCUAUAUUAUCCAUUGUGUCAUGUAUCUGAAUACGGUAGAUAAAGAAUUUGAAGUAGUGGUCCUAUGGCCAUUAGUCUCUUUGUGAGAACGACAAAUGUAGUGAGAGUUUUUGAUAAGAUUAAUGAGAAGGCCCUCUUACAAUAUGUAUAUUAUUUUGUAAACAUUUCACUCAAGGGCCAGAAGUUAAAUUAUAACUAAAUCACUGUGUUGUCAGAAUAAUAUUUAACAUUAACAACAACAAACCCAUGGUCAACCAAAAUGGUGGUUUGAAGCAUAUGUUUCAUUUUCUAAUGCAUUGGCAAUUAGGACAAAAGGAAAAAAAGAAUUUAAUAUAAGGCUAUAAAGAUAAAUUCAGUGUCUAACACUUUUUAUUUAUUUCAAUAGUUGUUGUUGUGGCAUUCUAGUCUUGACAUUUUAUGUCUUUAUUGUUACUGUUUCUGUUUUCCAACACUUAGUUCCUUUAGGUUCACUGAGUUCACAGUAGCCACACUUCACAUGACUCAGCUUCCAAGUGGUGUUAAUAAUUGGGGCCUGCAUCAUAAAAUGCAUGGAUCUUUAAUACCUACACAUCCCUGACACUUUUCACUACAGGGCUGGACUUAGUAACUGACCAACUCGGGGAGGGGAGGGCUGGGUUGUUAGAACAUGAUCAAAAUGUCUCUGCUCAGGGAUUUAUGGUGGAUCAUUGCAGACAGUGCGAAAAAUGUAGAGCACAAGACAAGUUUACUAAAUUAAAAUUUUAUUUUUUGAAAAACUGUUAUUUGUAUAAAUUAUCAAGAUUUGUAGGCUUUCCUUUUGUAGAAAUAAUUGUUUUAUGUGCCAGAGAAUUUCAAUUUUGUUUUGAACAAUAAAGCAUUGAUAACAAAAA